AAUUGCUCUCCUCCGAAAGACCCACGCUGGGACUCUGAAAGUACGGCUUCGGACGGGAUCCCCAAAGUCCGUCGGCGGGAGACCUGACAAACCUCCGACGGAUCUUCCUCCUCAGAUAAGCCCCGCCAGAAUCAAAUGUGCUCUCUUGGCCUCCUGCAGAUAACGGCGUCUGACUGUCGCCUUCAGGAAUUCUGCAUCCUUCAGAACCGUUACCUGUAAACAGGUAUUUAAAGUGACAUUCCUUUAAGGUUGAAAGGAAAAAUGUCAUUCCGUAAAGUGAACAUCAUCAUCCUAGUCUUUGCUGUCACUCUCUUUUUACUAGUUUUGCAUCAUAACUUCCUUGGUCUGAGCAAUUUAUUGAAAAGGGAGAUCUCAGAUCCAAAUCUUGUGGGAUUUCAGCCACUUGCCUUUGUGCCUAAUGCUCCUGAAAGUUUGAUCUAUAAGAGUGAAGAGAUUCCAGUAGUCAUUGCAGCAUCUGAAGAUAGACUUGGGGGCACAAUUGCAGUGAUGAAUAGUAUUUACCAUAAUACUCGCUCCAGUGUGAUUUUCUACAUUGUUACUUUGAAUGAUACUGUAGACCAUCUCAGAUCCUGGCUCAAUAGUGGCUCUCUGAAAAACAUCAAAUACAAAAUUGUGGAUUUUGACCCUCAACUUUUGGAAGGGAAAGUAAAGGUGGAUCCUAAACAGGUGGACUCCGUGAAGCCAUUAACCUUUGCAAGAUUCUAUCUGCCUAACUUGGUUCCCAAUGCAGAAAAAGCAAUAUAUAUGGAUGAUGAUAUAAUAGUACAAGGUGAUAUUCUUGCCCUUUAUAAUACACCUUUGAAGCCUGGGCAUGCAGCUGCUUUUUCAGAAGAUUGUGAUUCAACUUCUGCGAAAGUUAUUGUCCAUGGAGCAGGGAAUCAGUAUAAUUACAUUGGAUUUCUGGACUAUAAGAAAAAAAGGAUUCGAAAUCUUGCCAUGAAAGCUAGCACUUGCUCUUUUAAUCCUGGGGUUUUUGUUGCAAAUUUAACAGAAUGGAAACAACAAAACAUAACUUACCAACUGGAAAAGUGGAUGAAACUUAAUGUAGAAGAAGAAUUAUACAGUAGAACACUGGCAGGCAGCAUUACAACACCUCCCUUACUCAUCGUGUUUUAUAAACAACAUUCAAAUAUUGACCCCAUGUGGAACGUCCGACACCUUGGCUCUAGUGCCGGAAAGCGAUAUUCACCUCAGUUUGUCAAGGCUGCCAAACUACUCCACUGGAAUGGACACUUUAAGCCCUGGGGAAGAACUGCUUCUUAUGCUGACAUUUGGGAAAAAUGGUAUAUUCCAGACCCAACAGGAAAAUUCAGCCUAAUUCGAAGACAUGGAGAAAUUGCAAAUGCUGAGUAAAAUAGACCACCAGAGUGAAAUUGAAAAUACACUACCAAUAUUUUCUCAGGAAAUUCUGAAGAAUAGUACUAGUUGGGAAAACGUCUUCCGUGAUGUUGAUAAUUUUUCUGUGUGCUACACAGGAAAAUCGACAGACUCAAAUACUAUGAAGUUUCUUCUAAAUUUUUUCAACUAUAAUAUGAAAACCUAUUUACACCUGCCUUACUUGAGGAAAAAAAAUUUUAUUAGUUAAUUUUUAUCAUUACUAUAUGGAGAGAAUUUUACCAGAAUAAGUGGUACACCUUCCCUAGGAAUUUUUUGAGCCAUCUUGCAGUUAGUUAAAUGCUGCUGAUUUUGUUCUACUCAUGUAACCUGUGGCUUUGUAUAUGAUACUUUAACUUUGCAUGAAACCCACUUGAAGCAUGUUUACAUUCUUUUAUAACUUAAGUUUUUAAAAUACACUACAGUUAUGGGUUCUUGUUUCUUUCAAAAAGUUAUGCCUCCUAAUUUUGUUGACUUAAGAGUUCCCCAAUGCCAAGUCAUAAUUUAAAGAUGGUUUUUCAUCUUGUUCUGAAAAUAAAAUUUGGAAAUACA